CUUUUGUUCAGUACAUAAUUAGCAGUGACAUUCGCAACACUCGUUGCCUCUAGUUUUGUGAAACGUUGACAUUUUGGAAGCCUUAUCAUGAAUGAUCGUCGUGGUUAUUACGGUUGGGGUGGACCCCCACCGCCGCGGCACGCGUACCCGCCCGGCCCCGGCCACCCUCCCUACAUGUACCCGGUCGGGCCCAGCGUCGUGUACUACCCGGUACAUGCCCCCUUCUACCCGUACCCCCCACCUCACCACGACCCAGGCAGUACCGUCACGGUCGUUGACAACUCUGAACCAGCUGAAAUUUUACCGGAAUUGCCCGGAGAAACUGUCGAGUUGCCAUGGAGUACAUACCGUUGGGUCCCAGCAUGCUUGAGCCAGCGCUCCAUCCCCCCGGGUGUGCUGUGCGUCGGCAAGGACGCCGAUGGUGAGGACAUCUACGCCGGCAGGGCUCACCACGAGGGUGACAUCCUCCCCGCCAAGGUCAUCCCCGGCAAGAACGCCUGCUACAUCGCCUAUGGUGGCGAGGAGAUCCCAAAGGAUCAGUUUGAGGUCCUGGUCCCCGCCAUGUUCUCGUGGCAGUUCUCCACAAACGGCGAGGUCCCCCCCGGCGCCGUGGUGGCCGGCUCCACCGCUGACGGAGAGAAACUUUACUUCGGCAGGGUCACCCACGACGGAUGCACAACGCCCGGCAAGAUUCACCCCAGCCACGGAACAUGUUACUACCCCUUCGACGGCGAAGAAAGGUCCUCCACAGAAUACGAGUGCCUCUUAGUAGUGAACGUAAUCGCUGAUAACAUGGCAGACCGUUGGAUCCCGUACACCUUCGCAGACGGCUUCUUCCCGCCGAACGCGCAACACGCUGGCUUCGACGUAGAUGGUGACUCCAUCUUCGUCGGCAGAGCCUACCAUGGAAACGACCUGCUGCCGGCCAAGGUCAUCCCCAACAAGCAAGCUUGCUACGUCGCGUAUGGUGGAGAGGAAAUCUUCAAGGACAGCUUUGAGGUAUUCGUACCCCCGAUGGUAUACUGGGAGCCGGCGUCCAACGGAGAGAUUCCCCCAUUCGCCGUGAUCGCUGGAUCCACCGAGCAAGGAGAGCCCCUCUACUGCGGCAGAGUGUCCCACGAUGGUGCCAUGACUCCUGGAAAGGUCCACCCAUCGCACGGAACCUGCUACUACCCCUUCGGCGGCCAAGAGCGAAGCUGCCCAAUCUACGAGGUCCUAGUACUUAAAUAAUUCAAACAUUUGUCAAUACAAACUAUUUUACUCAUAAUGUUAUGUAGUAGGUAAGCUAUGCUCGUAAAAAAACUACAGCCUCACUUUUAUAAAUAAAUGCCCUUCAAAAUUU